UAGAUAUGUAUGAUUUAAAUGCUAUUCAUAAAUUCCUUUUAUAGUGCUAGAUAUAUUUAGAAAUAUUCAAACAUUAAGAUAGGUUGAAUAUUUUAUUUAGCAAUUAAGUUUCAUAAAACUUCAUAAAAUUAUUCAUAAAAUAUUCAUAAAACUUUAUAAAAUGAAUAAAAUAUGAAUAAAACGUAAGUAGUUUUGUGGUUUGACAUAAGAAAACAUGAACCUGGGACAAAUGCUCAUAUCUAGAACGGUUUUUAAUGAUCUUCGGACGACCACACUAGGAGCACUAAUCUCAGUGAUUGUCUAUUAUGUUAAUAACGAAAUUACUUUUAGGUAGAGCCCAAUACCUAAUGUCUAAAGUGAAUAUAAUUUUUUUAUAAUUAGGGAGUAGCCACAGCAUCUUUAAUUAUAUAAAAUUAUAUAUUAAUUAAAAUUCACCUUAAUGGACAAAACUUGUAAUUAAUUAUUUGGAUAUAAUAAUUUUACCCCACAGGGAUUUUAUUAUAUUUUUAUAAUUAAUUAGGAUAAUAUAUUAAGUUAAAUUCUCUUAAUUUACCCCACAGGGAGUUAUGAGGAUUUGAAUUAAUAGUGUUAUCACAAAUUUUAAUUAAAGAUAGAUUUCAUUCCUCCAUUAUUUCUAAAUUAAAUACUUCAUUAAAUCUAUCAUAAAGUUCAUCUAAUUUUAUUAGAUUUAAAAUUUAGCCCACAGGCAAUUUUAGAUUUAAUAAAAUUUUCAUCUUCAUCAUGUUUCUACAUUGGUAAAACAUGAAUUCAUUAAAGCCUCAAUUCUUUUAAACAUCUAAAUUUUUGUAAUCCUAUUCUUGCAGCUAUUUCAUCCACCUCUAAAUAUGCUGAAAUCACUAGUGAAAUCCCUGAGCUUAGGAGUGACAACUUCAAAAUCUGGAAGGAACGAGUUCUUCUCCACCUAGCUUGCACUGACAUGGAUUAUGCAAUAAGGAAAGAUGAACCAGCUGCUAUCACUGAUACUAGCACUGCUACUGAGAUUGCACUGCGUGAAAAGUGGGAGCAAUCUAAUCGUCUCUGCAUCAUGUUCAUUAUGUCCAGAAUUCCUAUGGGAAUGCGUGGAUCGGUGGAGCCACCUGAGAAGGUGAAAGACUUUAUCAAAGUUAUGGAUGAGCAGUUUGACACUUCAGAUAAAUCUUUAUUCAUCAACCUCAUCCAAGAGUUCUCGUCCACAAAACUCACCGGUGUUAAAGGAGUUCGAGAACAUAUUUCUAAAAUGAGGGACAUCACUGCUCAUUUGAAGAAACUCGACGUUAUCAUUCCUGAUACCUUCCUGGUUCAUUACAUCCUUCACAAUCUUCCUCCACAGUAUGGGCCUUUCAAAAUUUCCUACAACACACAUAAAGAAAAAUGGACUAUCAAUGAAUUGAUGACCAUGUGUGUUCAAGAGGAAGCCAGGCUCCUACAGGAGCAAGGAGAAAGUGUUCACCUGACCACUCAACCUAAGAAACGAAAGCCAUUCAAGAAGAACAAAGGGAAAAAGGCCAUGGCUCCCAAGGCUGCCAUAAAGAAAGAUUCCAUCAAAUGUUUCUUUUGUAAACAAAAGGGACAUGCUAAAAGGGAGUGCAGCCAGUUCAAGAAAUGGAUGGAUGACAAAGGAUAUUCAAAAUCUAAGGAAGCCAGUAGCAAGUGAGCAAAGCAUCUUAUCUGGAAACAAGAUGGGCUCACAUGUGGAAGCUAUU